GCCUAUGCGGCGUCCACAAACGUGAAUAACGUGUCUACCCAACGGUAGUCGUCGGUACAGGUGGAUAUUUUUAGAGAAAACUACCAACCGGGCUGGGCGAGGUGGGACACAAAUGGAGGCAGACGGGCAGUGAAAAACUAGAAAACAUCUAGGGUCGGGAUUCAAGAGUCGUCAAGAUGUUGAUUGUCGGAGGAGUUAUGCUUCUCGUGUGUCUGUCGUCUGCCCAGGAGAAGUGUGGGUCAGAUACAGUGAGCUGCGUGGACAGUUCGAUGCCUAUUCUCAGGACUUCUCUCUCUGGCACCAGCAAUCAUUACUAUAUUGGUGGCCUAUUCGGGGUACACGAAAAGGGGAUGGAUGCCUAUGAGUGCAGUGAUGACAUUAGGUUAAGAGGACUUCAGAACAUGCAAGCCUUUUUCUGGGCAAUAAACUACUAUCAACAAAACUUAACUCUUAAAGAAAACCCCAAUGGGCCUGUGGUCAAUAGCAAAGUGUCUGUUGGAGGCGUAGCCUUUGAUAGCUGUGGCAGACAGGAGCAGGUUAUUAACAACAUCAUGGGUUUCGCGCAGUGCAGGACGAAACCCAUUGGAGUGGACAGACGCCAGUUGUUGGCGUUCGUUGGGCCGGACAGAAGCACAGAGGCGAUGGCAGCAGCAGAACUCUUGCAGGACAUGAAUCUGACCUCCGUGAGUCACGCGGCCACAGCGUCGAAGCUCGGCAACGCAGAAGAGUACCCAUACUUCUUGAGGACUGUUCCCUCUAACAAAAACGAUGCCAUGGCCCUCGCCGCGAUCCUUGGGAAAGUGGUGCGCACAAAGUACGUGCAGUUGGUUUACCAGGACAACGCCUACGGAAGAGAUGGAAAGAGCACGUUCGAAUGGCAUGCCAAAUAUUCCAAAAUUUGCAUAGUUCAAAGCAUGGCCGUAGAUGAGAACUACCAGGAGGUGAUAAACAAACUGAUGGACAACAGCACGAUCCAGUACGUUGUCUUGUUUGCCGACGCCCAGACGGCAAAGAAUAUCUUGAAUGCCGCGCAAAGAGACAAUCCAGCUGCUGGAACCCGCAAACCAGCUAGGAAAGUUCUUAUAUUUCUCGGAACAUCCUCUUGGGGCAAAAACAAGGACGUGAUAAAGCAGGCCGCAGAGGCAUCAGAAAACAGCAUUGUGAUGGCUCACUCUGUGCAGGAUUUAUUUAAGAAUGACAUCGACGCGUUCACCAACUACUGGAGGAACCUAAAACCGGUAAACCAAUUGCAGACGACGUUAUUUACGAACCCGUGGUUUGUCAAGUACUGGGAAGACACGUGGGGAUGUAAGGUCACAGGAAAUAACAGCUGUGACCUUAACUCCCAGACGGUGAAGGACACAGAAAUUGAUGCGUACGUCCCCUACACAAUCAUUGCGGUCAGGUCGAUAAUCGAAGGUAUCUUCAAGGCCGCUACAGAUGCCUGUACUGGAACGUAUGAACUUUGUACUCUAUUAAUGAACAUACGUAACCGGGGACCCACCAUCUUCUACGGCAUCAAGCGUUUCCAGGCUGAAGAUGGUAAAUUUUAUUAUGACCAGAGUUUGAACCCUGACAAGAGGUACAAGUCGGGAGACGUGGCUGCCAAAUUCUCCAAUUACGAAGUGUAUCGUGUUGUUAGCGGACAAUACUUGAAGCUUGGUGACUGGAAUCCUGAUAAAAUGAUAAAUCCCGACGAAUUGAUAAAUUUUGAUUCGAGGAAAUACGAAGCUAGCACGUGUCCAGAGCCGUGUCCCGCCUGCGAUAUAUUCAGAACCACAACGCCGCCAACGACCCCUGGCGUCACCCGGGCUACAGCUCCCCCAACAACAGCAGACAGCACGCAGGCAGGGAAUUACACGAUCAUCAAGUUCCCUGCCGACCAGGUGGUCACCGGGGCUUACCCAAUCACGUUCACUGAACGAACUGCAGAGGAGUACAUGACGCGUUUCGAAGUAGGCCAGCGAUGGAUUAUCGCCCUUGGGGUGAUGGCCGGUCUCGGAGUGCUGAUUGUAAUCAUGUUCGAGAUCUACAUCCUGUAUCGUCUGCUGGGAACGCGCAUGGGUCACAGAUGGAGAACGAUGUGGCUGGGGCAGCUGCUUCUCUUUGGAAUAUUCCUUUGUUACAUGACGCUGUUUGCUUACAUCCUAAUUCCAACGAAAGCGACGUGCGGGAUAAUUCGGUUUGGCGUCGGCGUGUCCUACGCGUUUUGCUUCGCGGUCCUGCUCGUCAAGCUGAUGGUGAUUCUCACGUCCAAGUCCUCGAAGCUUUCCUUCUUGCCCGGGGAUGUGGAGUCUCCCAACUACCUGAAGGGCGUCUAUCAGUUCCUCAUGUUCAUGUUCGCCGUGGGCAUACAGAUCGUCAUUGAUGCCCAGUGGCUCAUCACUGUGCCUCCAGAGGCGAUUCGGGUAGUCUCGAACAACGGCACCAACGUGUGGAUCUGCAACCACUACACGUGGACUGUGAAGGACGGCUACCACGACAUGAGGACGUUCGUGCGCAAUGGGUUCGAGAACCACCUGAUGUCGCUCGUCUACGUCAUGUUCCUCAUCCUCAUCACGACGCUGCUGGCCGCCAAGGCUCACGGCAUCUCUACCAACCAUCGCGAGUCCGUCUUCAUCGGCAUUGCCGCCGGCUUCAGCAUCCCCAUCUGGCUGGCGUGGAGCCUGGUCGGUGGUCUCAACAGGGACCACCUAAACGCGCACGAGUUCUGCGACGGCUGCAUGGCGUUCGGCCUGUUCGUGACUGCCACGUGCGUGCUCUUCACCAUGUUCGUACCCAAGAUCCAGCAGCUCGUGCACAUGAGUACGGAAGGCCUGUAUCUGGAUGAUGACCGCGACACGUACUACGCAGAAUCGGUGAUCGUGCCCCCGAGCUACAAGAGUAAAACCAACUCCGUGAUAUACGUCAACAAUCAGGGCAUUUACUCCGAACCUAUCACUGUUGGAGAUCCGUUGGCUACACACCUACGUCACCCUGGCAGCACAUACAGCACGACAAACCCUCAUCUGUACAAGAAGGCGCAGUCAGAAUAUGCCACUCAGAGCGGCCGAGUGAUACGUGUGACCCCAGAACUUACGGGAAAGUACACCGUCAAUAGAAAAGCGCAGUCGGAGAUAGCGUAUGGAACGAGGUCAGCAAAGGGCACAUUGAGACGAUCCCGCUAUGGCUCGCAGCAGAACCUCGGCGCUUUGUGAUCACCAAGCUUGGGACCACUUUAUAUAACCAACAUUGGGUCAGCAAUCAUGACUUGAAUAAAAUCUGUUUGGUUUGUUUAAAUAUAUACUAUACUACAAGUUCCUGAUAACGUGUCAUGUUGGCCAGGAAACAAGAAAAAUAUUAAUAUGUCAGCAUUAACCUUUGGGAGUGAUCACGUACGUGACAUUAUCCCCAUGGGUUAAGCAUAUUCGCGGGUCAUUCCAAACAACACCAGGGGUGAGACAUUAGGUAUACAGUACUAAUAUGUUCCGUACAUAUCAGUUUCAUAUUGUUGAGCAUCAGUUUAAAAUAGUGUUAUCUGAAUAAUCUAGAAUACAGCAGUAAAGGGGUCGGUAGUUCUCAGUGUUUUGAUUAAAUAAUGUUUUACAACAGAGCAAGUCUGGUACGUUCAUAAGCAGACUGGUAUUUCUAACUGUCGUGUGAUUAAUUUCAUUGUAAUUCAUUUUUGUUAAAUUUACACAAAUUCCAGAUCUUUAAUUUUAGUAUACAUUUUCCCACAGACGCUACCCCUACCAUGUAACAAUAUAAAAGCAAAAUGUUUUGUUUAAUGACACCCCUAGAGCACAUUGAUUAAUUAAUCAUCGGUUAUUUGAUGUCAAACAUUUGGUAAUUAUGACUCGUAGUCAUCAGAGGAGACCCGCUACAUUUUUCUUAAU